UGUAUACAAAACACUUCUCCCCACCAUACAAAUCCACUACAGGCACUAUGUCAACGACCCCACCCACCCGUCCAGUCGAAGCAUCCCAAGGCGAGAGGGGCUUGCAUAUAGCGUUGCUCAACACCGUUGAUGAGGCGACACAUUCUCAUGACUCUCGCACGGAUUCAGGAAACCGGGACACUCGCAACGGCGCCGCGGAGGUGUCCGUUGCAGGUUUAUCAUUGAGCGACAGUACCGGCGUCCUGACUCCAAAAGAGCAAAACGAAGUCAUUGAUCCCCACGGUGAUCUGCUCUUCACCUUUACAUCUGGAAUCGACGAGCAUACAUGGCAGGUGAAUUCUGCUUGCAUCCGCCUAGCGAGCUCAGUCUGGGCCCAGCAACUGCACGCGCUAUCUCCUGCCAAAAACAAAGAACUACAAGAGCUCCACAUCGUCUCUCCGGACGUCUCUAGCCGCGUUAUUGGAUGGGCACUUCACGCCGCACACUGCCGGCAUUCGGAGCUCCCACUAUGCAUCGCAUUCUCCCAGCUCGUGCAAGUCGCCGACGCCUGCGAGCGCUACGCUCUCUACGAGGUUCUGCAACCCUAUUUCAAGAAAUGGGCCGAUCGCUGGUUGCCGCACCUCGGGAAACCAGGCUAUGAACUCUGGCUCCUUGUUGCUUACAACCUCGGAUACGUCGAUAUCUUCGAGCAUCUCACGCUGGAAAUGGCACUGCAGAUCUACGUCUCCGACGGCGAAUACUUCAUUGGCGGCUUUAAGCUCCGGGGCUCGAAACUCGAAGGCCGCGUGCUGGAUAACCUGCUUCGUGUACGGAACGAGUACUUGGAGUGCUGCGUCUCCCUGUUCAACCAAUUCAUCGAUUCCUAUUUGCGCGACCAGCUCGCCUGCGACUCUCCAACACACGCGAGUGAAUGCACGGCUUUAGCGCUGCGCUCCCUGCUCAAAGAGCUCAACGCGCUCGAUAUCUGGCCCAAGCGAACGCAAGCCGAGGAGAUCUGCAGAAGCGUGAACGACUUGCGCUCAACACUGGUCCAGAAAUUGCAAUACGGCUAUCGAGGACACAAUGCGUUCCACGAGUGCACAGGCCCAUGGAUUCUGGAGGACCUGUACCUCCCCUGCACAUACGAAGGCAUAGCUGUGAUCAAAGGGAACAGCGAACUCUAUUCGCAGCUGCACAAACGCCACGCUGACGACGAGGAGGAGCCCUUGGUCUGGGGCUACGGUGCAUGCGCACGCUUGGGAUUUGUGGAGCGCGACUUCCUGGCUUACGAAGACGCCGAAGAUGAUUUGGGGCAAGACGUAGACGGGGAUUACGAGUGGGAGGACGAGAGCAGUGAGCCAGGAGAAGAGUAUCUGGUCCAUCGCGAGUUUAUCGCGGACGAUGAACCGGUCUAUGAGUGUUCCUCCGACCUAGAGACUUCAGAGACUCCAAGGGACACUCCGCAGCCCUUCAGCUUCCAAACCUCUCCAUUACGACACCAAGGAUCUCCCCUACGGCGAUGUAGCAUCGGGUCAGGUUUCGAUCGCGCUCACUGCAGCACAACAAGUAGCUUGGUGGGUGGGACAGAGUCCGAGCAAAAGAAUUAGGCAUGCGGCGACAUGCAGGCGGGGAAAAGAGGGCUUGAACAGGCCCGAAUAGAUCAUUCACCUCGAGUAGCACUUAUACUAGCUUAGUAGUCUGAACUGGCUAUGGAAACAUGCUUAGAAAUGCUGCCUGUUUUAUCCUACUUUUGUCGGCUGAAAGACGGG